AGAACUCGCUGGUCACGUGACAGGGAGGUGGUACUGGCCCUUUAAGAACUCAGGGUCACGUGACAGGGAGGGAGGUGGCACUGGCCCUUUAACAACUUACUGGUCUCUCUUGCCAUUUGCCCGCUUGUGUUUUCAUUGUCGCUCUCCGAGUCAUGGCCACCCAUUCUACCGAGGAGCCGUUCCCCUUCCACGGGCUGCUGCCCAAAAAAGAGACCGGCGCCGCGUCCUACCUGUGCCGCUUCCCCGAGUACGAUGGCCGAGGGGUGCUCAUCGCCAUCAUGGACACCGGCGUAGACCCGGGGGCCCCCGGCAUGCAGGUGACCACAGACGGGAAGCCAAAGAUUGUUGAUAUUAUCGACACAACAGGCAGCGGUGAUGUGAACAUGACCACAGUGGUGGAACCCAAAGAUGGGACAAUCACCGGCCUCUCUGGGAGGAUACUGACGAUCCCUCCUACUUGGGUCAACCCAUCAGGGAAGUAUCACAUUGGAGUUAAAAAUGGCUAUGAGUUUUUCCCUAAGGCGCUUAAAGAAAGAAUACAGAAAGAGCGAAAGGAGAAGGUGUGGGACCCAGCACACCGAGCAGCGAUGGCUGAUGCCUGUCGCAAGACUGAGGAGUUUGAUCUCGCCCACCCGACCCCAUCCCAGGUAGAAAAGUUACAGAAAGAAGAGCUGCAAAGUCAAUCAGAGCUGCUUCUGUCUCUAGAAAAGAAAUACAGUGAUCCUGGUCCUGUAUACGACUGCGUUCUUUGGCACGAUGGUGUCACGUUUAGAGCUGUAGUGGACACAUCUGAGUGUGGAGAACUGUCCAAGUGCACUGUGCUGAGCUCCUACAGAGAGUCGCAGAAGUACGCGACGUUGGGGAGUGCGGAGAUGCUCAACUACUCUGUGAACGUCUACGAUGAAGGAAACACGCUCUGCAUUGUCACAAGUGGAGGGGCCCACGGGACACAUGUUGCCAGCAUUGCAGCAGGUUACUUCCCAGAAGAACCAGAGCGUAAUGGCGUUGCCCCCGGUGCUCAAAUUUUGGCUCUGAAGAUCGGAGACACGCGACUUAGCACCAUGGAAACAGGCACGGGACUCAUCAGAGCGAUGAUCGAAGUGAUCAACUACAAGUGUGACCUGGUUAACUACAGCUACGGGGAAGCCACCCACUGGCCCAAUUCAGGGCGAAUUUGUGAGGUGAUCGCAGAGGCUGUGCAGAAACACAAUGUUAUAUUUGUUUCGAGUGCAGGAAACAACGGCCCCUGUCUCUCCACUGUCGGUUGCCCCGGAGGAACCACCAGCAGUGUCAUAGGUGUUGGAGCCUAUGUGACCCCAGACAUGAUGGUGGCUGAGUAUUCCCUGAGGGAGAAGCUACCCGCCAACCAGUACACCUGGUCCUCCAGGGGCCCGAGUACAGACGGGGCACUCGGGGUCAGCAUAAGUGCCCCCGGUGGCGCCAUUGCAUCCGUACCCAACUGGACUCUCCGUGGGACCCAGCUGAUGAACGGCACCUCGAUGUCAUCCCCCAACGCUUGCGGAGGCAUUGCUCUUGUCCUGUCAGGAUUAAAACAAAAUGGCAUUCAGCCGUCUGUUCCCGGUGUGAGGAGAGCGCUGGAAAAUACAGCUUUGAAGGUUGAAGACAUUGAAGUGUUUGCACAGGGCCAUGGCAUCAUUCAGGUGGACAAAGCAUUAGACUACCUCACACAAAAUGCCUCCUUGCCCACCGGCCAUCUGGGUUUCUCCGUGACUGUGGGAGCACAGAGAGGCAUCUACCUCAGGGAUCCAGCCCACCUUCUGUCCGCCUCAGACCACGGUGUAGGAAUCGAGCCCAUCUUCCCGGAAAACACAGCAAACUUGGACCGAAUCUCCCUGCAGCUACACUUGGUCCUCACGUGUUCCGCCCCAUGGGUUCAGUGCCCCUCCCACCUAGAGCUGAUGAACCAGUGUCGUCAUGUCAAUGUCCGUGUGGAUCCUGUCGGUUUGAAAGAGGGGGUGCACUAUACAGAGGUGUGUGGUUAUGACACGGCAGCUCCUGGUUGCGGGCCCCUGUUCAGAGUCCCCAUCACCGUCAUUAUUCCCACCAAGGUGACAGAGAGUCGGAAUCAUGAGCUGUGUUUCAAAGACAUCCACUUCAGACCAGGACAGAUCAAACGCCACUUCAUCACUGUGCCUCAGGGAGCCUCCUGGGCAGAGAUCACACUGACAUCUCAUUCUGGAGACGUGUCUUCAAAGUUUGUCCUGCAUGCGGUGCACCUAGUCAAACAGAAAGCAUACAGAGCCAACGAGUUCUAUAAGUUCUCCUCACUUUUGGAGAAAGGCUCACUAACCGAGGCUUUCCCUGUCCUGUCAGGCAAGAUUGUGGAACUGUGCAUUGCACGCUGGUGGGCAAGUCUGGGUGAUGUCACCGUGGACUACAGCAUCUCCUUCCAUGGACUCAGUAUUUCUCCUUCACCGCUGCACAUUAAUGCGUCCGAAGGAGUGACCAGUUUUGAUGUGUCUUCACCUUUGAGGUAUGAAGAAGUGUCACCGACUAUUACCCUCAAGUCUUGGGUUCAGCCUCUAAGGCCGCUAAGCUCAAAGAUAAAACCUUUGGGAGGGAGGGAUGUUCUACCCAACAACAGACAACUCUAUGAGAUUGUUUUCACGUACAGUUUUCAUCAGCCUAAAAGCGGAGAAGUUACCCCGAGCUGCCCCAUGUUGUGUGAGCUGCUGUACGAGUCAGAGUUUGACAGUCAGCUCUGGAUGCUGUUUGAUCAGAACAAGAGACUACUGGGCUCAGGGGACGCCUAUCCACAUCAGUAUUCUCUCAAGCUGGAGAAGGGCGACUACACCGUGCGCCUGCAGGUGCGCCACGAGUCGUCAAGUGAGCUGGAGCGCCUAAAAGACCUGCCGUUUGUGGUCUCCCAUCGGCUGUCCACCACCCUCAGCCCCGAUAUCUACGAGACGCACCGUGCGGCCCUCAUGGCCAAGAAGAAGGCGAACUCUGUGACUCUCUCUCCGGGGGCCACGCAGCACUUCUACGUCACAGCCUUGCCGGAUGACAAGAUUCCGAAAGGGACAAGUCCAGGAUGCUAUCUCUCAGGGUCUCUUGUUGUGGCGAAGAGCGAGUACGGGAAGAAAGCAGGGCAGUCCUCUGCAAAACGACAAAGAAAGUUUAAAAAGGACAUUGUUUCUGUCGUCUACCACCUGAUCCCUGCGCCCAACAAGGCGAAGAACGGCGGGAAGGAGAAGGACAAGGACGGCGACAAAGAGAAAGAGAAAGACGUUAAAGAAGAGUUUGCGGAAGCCAUGAGAGACUUGAAGAUUCAGUGGAUGACAAAGUUGGACUCUUGCUCGCUUUAUGAUGACCUGAAGGAGAAUUACUCAGAUUACCUUCCUUUGCAUGUGCAAAGAUUACAUCAGCUGGACUCUGAAAAGGAGCGUGUAAAACGUCUGAGGGAGGUAGUAUCCGCCGCCGACACGGUCAUCUCCCACAUUGACCAGACCGCCUUGGCUGUUUUCUUCACCUUGAAAACGGACCCUCGACCGGACGCCGCCUCCAUCAAGACGGACAUGGAGAAGCAGAAGGCGUCCCUGCUGGACGCUCUGUGUAGGAAGGGCUGCGCUCUGGCCGACCAGCUUGUCACGCCCACGCCUCAGGACUCUAGCGGCGCCGUGGCCACGGGCCAAGGCGAUGCGGAGGAGAUUGGUGUUCAGUUGCCAAGCAGUUCUGACGACACGCUGCAGGGUGUGGCUGACAAUCUGACGGAAACCUUCUGGGAGGUGCAGAAGUGGGCGGAGCUGACUGAGUCCAAGGUACUGAUGUUCUCCUACAAACAUGCUCUGGUGAACAAGAUGUAUGGCAGAGCCUUGAAGUAUGCCUCCAAAAUGGUGGAGGAGAAGCCCAGCAAAGAAAACAUGAGGAACUGCAUCCAGCUCAUGCGUCACCUGAAAUGGACGCACUGUGCUACUUUCACGGAGAACUGGCUGCCUGUGAUGUACCCUGCAGACCACACCCCUUUCUAGGAACGCCUCCUCAGGCAACCGAGCACGCCGUAGAGUCCAGCGGGCCAUUUUGAAAGAACUCACCGAGUCUGUCGAUCCGAGUGCCACCAGCAGCACAACCGCAAAUCCUUGGAUGUAUUUACCUCUUCUUGGUACUCGUUCAGUCUUCUACUAUUUCUUCACGCUCGCCCCGGUCUCCAGGGUCCAAGGACCACCGGGGAGGGCGUCCUCACGUCUUUGUGCCAUGCUCACCGACCUCUCAAGUUCACUUUCCCUACUGGACUCAGCAGACCUCAGAACAUAGGGCGGCAUUGUGGUGCCUUCACUGACGCCGGGUGCAACGUACGCUCACCGGCCUGCGGUGUCACCCGCACCUCGUGUUUGUCACCUCGAGGACCCGGUACCUAGCGGACUUCAGCGGGAUCCGGACUCACCUGAUGCACAGCGUUGCAACUCCAAGUAUGUACAUAGACAGGACAACAUAGUACCAUGCAAUAAGUAUUUACUGUUGUAUUCCACUUGAUGUACAUUUAUGCAUGUCGUGUAGGAUUUCAGGAAAAGUGUUUUUAUUUCUCGGCUCAUUUUAAUUUGCAUGAUUUUUACAUUUUUCAUUUUCCAAAGGCACGUGUGUAGGUCAGCGGUCCCUUCUUUCUUUCAUUUUAUGUUUUCACAUGUGUAUUGACUCAUUAAUUGUAUUUUGUCUUACGUUACUUUUAGUGUUUUUAAUCGCAGCUACCCACUUUGCACAUGAUUAUGGAGGUUAAUUUGUUUUUUUUU